AUGACCAACACCAGUUUUACAGAAGUGAAACUCAUCGAUGUCUCCUGGGAUGUUGCCGUCGGACGAGGAGGACAGGCCUUGCUGGUGUUUGUGUCAUGGCAAGCGUUUGCCAAAUACAUGACCAUCUCCAUGGCUACAAAGCCAGCAACCUAUACAACCUUUUGGGCCCUUUUUGUCCACCAGGAAGUUACGCUUUUAUCAGUGUGCCACCUACUUCGCGACUUUAUUUUUAUCGUGGUCCAGAAUCCUUUUUAG